AGCUCUUGUGGCUCGAGCGGGCCAUGAAUCCGCCGCCGAACCUGACUGGGCAGCACUCCACCUUCACGGCCGUGCUUAAAGAGCAGGAAGAAGAGAUCCUGGAGCUGGCUGCCGAACAGCAUGAGCUGUACCGGCACUCAGUGCAGGAAGCCUUCAGGACGUUGCACCACCAGCUGGCCCUGGAGCAUUGCCACGGCACCUUUGGGCCGGCCGCGGUGACCCAUCAGCCGAUGAUAUCUCUGGAAGAGACGAGGUCGCCCUUGAACUUCAGCCCGCGCGCCGUCAGCCCCGCGCUCAGCAACCACGAGACCCUGGAGUAUUUGGAAAAGGUGGCUGAGCUCGAGGAGGAGAGGCCCGGCAGCCCCAGCGAGGCCGUGGUGCGCACGAAGAGCGCCGCUGCAGUGCUGGACCUGGACAAGGAAGCGGACCUGCGGCAGACCCGGCAGAAGCUGCGGAAGCACCUGGACUACGCGGCCGCAGUACUGGUGCUCCUGGACUCGCUGCUCAACUUCGUAGAGCUGGAGCUGGGCGGCAGGGCGGUGAACCCUUCGGACCCCGAGACCUUCGAGGCGGGCGCCUGGCAUGUGGUGGAGAUUGCGAUUGGCAUCGUCUUCCUGGUAGAGUGGUGCACGCGCGUAGCGAUGGAACGCAGGGAGUUCUGCCUGAACUUUGCCAACUGGUUCGACACAAUCCUAGUCUUAGCCAGCCUGGUGGAGGGAUUUCUUCUGAUCCUCUCAGACGGCGGCUACAACUUGGCCCAAACUGCCCACAUGCUGCGCCAACUGCGGGUGCUGAGGGCUCUGAGGCUGUGCCCCGGGCUGCAGCUGUUGCUCAAGGCGUGCCAGUCCUUCCUGCGGAGCUUGUUUUGGUCCAUGGCGCUGCUCUUGGUGUUUUUGCUCACCACGGCACUGGUCCUCGCCCACUCGCUCAAGGAGUUCAUCGCCGACGAACGCGCCGACUUCGACGACCGCGUUUGGGUCUGGAAUCACUACGGCACCGCGGCCCGGGCUUGCUACAGCCUGUUCGAGAUAACUUUUGCAGGGUCGUGGCCCGUGGUCACACGGCCAGUGGUGGAGAAAGUGAGCCCCGGCUUCGCCAUAAUUUUUGUUGUCUACAUCACGAUCAUCGUCUUCGCGCUGAUCAGAGUAAUCACCGCCGUGUUCCUCAAGGACACGUUGGACACAGCGAACAACGACGCAGAGCUCCUCAUGAUGGAGAAGAUGCACAAGAAGGCGGAGUUCGCGCACAAGCUAGAGGACGUCUUUCUGGCCAUCACGGUGGGGGAGGGCCUCAUCACCGAGGAGCGCCUCGCAGAGGUCCUGCAGUCGCCCAAGGUCAAAGCCUACUUUCAGACUUUAGACUUGGACGUGCACGAGGGCACUGCGCUCUUCCACCUGCUCGAUGAUGGGGACGGCACCGUGACCUUGGACGAGUUCAUCGAUGGCGUGAUGCGGUGCAAGGGCCCCGCGCGCGCCAUCGACCAAGUGGCCACGCACGCGGAGAUCAAGCAGCUGGACAAGAAGCUGAGCAAGGUGUUGUCCCAACUUGCCCCGGACAAAGAGAGCGAGCUCCGCACCACCCCACGGGUGCUACUGCGCCAGUUCUCCCAGUUCUCGAAGUGCUCCACGGGAUCGAAGCAGCCGCACAAUGUGGUUUGGGGCGAGUGAGACGUCGAAGACAGUUCGGGGAACCGUUGGAUCCUGUUGGGUCCCUGGUGGACGAAAGCCACAAGGGCACCAGUUGGGACAUAGAGAUUUAAGUACCUACCCUCCCGCCAGCUAACCUGGAAGUGCACAGGCCCCUGUA